AUAAAAAGGGUUCUUCACCCAUUCACCUUCUCCACAAAGGCUGUGUCAGUGAAGAAGAAGAAGAAGAAGAAGAAAAAAAAUAGCAGGUUUUCAGAGAGAGAGAGAAAGAAGAAUUGUGGUGGCCAAAGAAACUCUUUCUAAGGGAGCAAUUGAAAUCAAGAACUGUGCCAUUAACAACAGAUGCAGCAACAAAAUAGUAGUGCUGAUGCAUUUAUGGGAGGUGGUGGUGGUGGGGGAUCCAGUUUGACUUACCCUGAAGUAUCGCAAAUCCUGCCAUGGAGUCUACCACCAGUUCACAACUUCAACCCGAUUCACUACUCAACCCGUGACCACGAUCCAUUUCUCCUCCCUCCGGCUCCAUCAGUACCCUAUGGAGGUUUAUUCAACAGAAGGCCUCCGGGUUUGCAAUUCGGGUAUGAGGGUUCAUCAACAGACCAUUUAAGACUUAUUUCAGACUCCCUUGGGCAGGUGGUACACACUGGCUCCGCCGGCCCUUUUGGCCUUCAGGCGGAGCUGCAGAAAAUGACUGCUCAAGAAAUCAUGGAUGCUAAGGCACUCGCUGCAUCUAAAAGCCAUAGUGAAGCUGAGAGGAGACGCAGAGAGAGAAUUAAUAACCAUCUUGCUAAGCUCAGAAGCUUACUUCCAAGUACAACCAAAACGGAUAAAGCUUCAUUGCUUGCAGAAGUAAUCCAGCAUGUGAAGGAGCUGAAGCGCCAAACUUCUAUAAUAGCAGAAACAAGUCCAGUCCCAACUGAGGUCGACGAGUUAAUAGUGGAUGAUGCAUCAGAUGAAGACGGUAAAUUUAUGAUCAAAGCUUCAAUCUGCUGUGAAGACAGACCUGAUCUUUUGACUGAUCUUAUCAAGACCCUAAAAGCACUAAGGUUAAGAACGCUCAAAGCUGAAAUUACAACACUUGGAGGGCGUGUGAAGAAUGUUUUGUUCAUUACUGGGGAAGAAGAUGAGCAGGAGGAACAGCAACAGUACUGUAUAAGCUCAAUACAAGAAGCCCUUAAAGCAGUUAUGGAGAAAUCUAAUGGUGAUGAAUCUGGUUCAGGGAAUGUUAAGAGACAAAAAACCAAUAUCAAUAUAUAUCCUUGAAUACUGGAGGUCACUCUAAGAUAUAAUUGCCAUGAAUUAAACCUUAAUUUAGUUCUUCCUUUUUAUUACUCUUUGUGUGAUUUCUUGGUUGUGUGUGCAUGUGUGUGUGUGUGUUUUAGUUUUGGAUCUUAAAACAACUUACUAUAUUAUGUUUUGAGAAAUUCAUCAUUUUGGUAUGAAAGGGAAUAUGAAAGUAUAAAAACUCGAAGAGGAGACAGUAAGUGAAAGAGACAACUCAUCGGAGUGGAAUGCGGUUGGUGAGAGUUUGCAACUUGGUUUUCUUGAGCAUAAUUCUGUACACAAAGAGAGGGUGGGGUGGCAUAGGUGCGGGGUAGAGAAAAAUAGUUAAGGAUCUUUUUCGUGAGGAGAGAGACCUUAUAUCAAAUCCAAAGAUAGAAAUAUGUGGACUUUGAAGAGUAAAACAAGCAGUCAUACUAAGGCAUUGUAUAAUCCUCAGAAAGGUGACGAUAUCGUUUUCAUCAUAUGCUACAACUCCCUACCACAAACAGCACCGCCACCAUCUCCUCCGCCGUGCAGUGGUGUUUCAGGCUUCCAUGCUACAGUCCCGCCGACACCUCUUCUGCCGUAAUGUGGUGGUUCAGGCUUUAAUCUCUGGUAUCCUACUACAACCUUUGGGAAUAUAUGUACGCAUAAACAUUAAUUAAAUGUUUGGUAUAUUUCCCUUUCUUCCUCUUGUAAGAUGAUGAAAUCAUCAACCUAUAUGAAGUGCAUGGUUUUUAGUUGCACUGUAUUGUGGAAAACCGGAAUUUGCUUUUGUAUUCUUCUCUAUUUUCAUCUCAGAUUUCAA